AUGACAUAUGUAACAUGGAAGCUAAGUGGCUUGCCACAGAACAAAGUCAUUGGAAGUGGAACUAACUUGGACUCUGCAAGGUUUCGCUACAUGAUUUCCCAGAAACUUGAUAUCAACACUUCAAGCUGCCAUGGCUACGUUUUGGGUGAACAUGGGGAUUCCAGUGUUCCCAUUUGGAGUGGAGUAAAUGUUGCCGGAGUCACCCUUCAGUCACUCAAUCCUGCUAUUGGAACUGACAAGGAUCCAGAGAACUGGAAAAACGUCCACAAAGAGGUGGUUGCCAGUGCUUAUGAUGUGAUCAGACUAAAGGGAUACACCAACUGGGCUAUUGGCAUGAGCGUGGCUGACCUGGCAGAGUCCAUUCUCAAGAACCUGAGCAAAGUCCAUCCUGUUUCAACCAUGGUAAAGGGCUUUUAUGGCAUUGAGAAUGAAGUGUUUCUGAGUCUCCCAUGUGUCCUGAAUUCACAAGGUCUAGUUCAAGUUGUGAACCAGAAACUGACAGAUGACGAGAAGGCUCAGCUGCAGAAAAGCGCAGAGACUCUGUGGAACAUCCAGAAAGAUCUCAAAGACCUCUGA